AGACGGUGUAGGAGUGUACGAACAGGCAUUGAAGGCUGGACUUCGAUUCCCGCUUUCUACCCUUCAUAGGGAACUCUUGCAGUAUCUGGGGUUGUCCGUCACCCAGAUAUCCCCUAACGCCUGGAGGGUCUUCAUAGCCAUGGAGAUUCUCUACGGUGCAAUGUCAAACGGGGAAAGGAAAUUGACGGUCCGUGAAUUUCUUCACUGUUACCGUCCAGACGAGAUUUCUGGAUCAAGGGGGAUGUACAGUUUUGCCAGUCGGAGCCCCUUGUUGAAGGUGAUCUUUGAGACCCCAGACUCAAAUAGAGACUGGAAGAGUCGGUACUUCUUCCUGGAGGGUGAUAGAUGGAUGAACCAUCCAGGGGAGACGGAGUUCAUGCCCGUCGACACAACUUGGGCAGUUAUAAAUCAGACACGUAGACGGCGCCCACAAGUCAGCCUCGAGGAGUUUAGCUUCCUUGAAAAGGUUUGCAAGAAGACUACGCCGGAGGAAAGGACUUGGGCGAAGUUGGUGAACCCGAGGACCAUACAUUGGUACUGCGACGGUCCUGAGCCCACCCAAGAAGCGAUAAGAUACGACGAGCGAGUUCACAAACAGAUGGAUGACGCAAAGAGGAGAGCUUUGAUCAAGUCCCAAGCCGUCAAGAAGAGGGAAUCCGGCGAGGAGGUUCCUAAGGCAUCAGCUUCAGUCCCUAAAAGGAAACUGACGACAAAAUCCGACCGUCCCUUUAAGCAACCAAAGGUCUCUCUUGAACCUGUGGUUGGCUUAAUGGCUGAGGGUAACAAGGCCGUCACCCCAGCGAAGCAGGGGAAGGGCAAAGGAUUGAUGGCGGUCCCAGACGGUAAGCAAGAGAGACCUCCUUCCCUUCUUCGUGAUGACUCCAAGUAUGCAUUGGAGAAACUGUCGUCCAUCAUCACGGCAGAAGACUACGAAGACCUGGGAAACCAUUCGACGGAGGCCAUGGGGGAGACGGGCCUCUUCGCCGUCGCUCAGUCCUUGGUCAUGAUGAAGGGACUACUUGACCGGUGUCUCAACCGUGAGAGUAGCUUGGACCGGGUGCGCGCGAAGGCGCAGCAGACGGAGGAAGAGCUCGGACAACUUCAGAGAUGGAGGUCCAAGAUGGAGAAGAAGCUGGAGCUUUCUGAGCAGGCGAGGAAGGAGCUUGAGGAGAAGACGGCCACUUCGCUGACGGUCAUAGAGAACAAAGAAGCUGAGAUAAAACAACUCAAAGAAGAGAUCCGUCAGGCUAGAGUGGCAGCCGUCGAGGAGUACCGAUGCUCGGAGUCCUGUUUGGGCGAGCUGUCGGACUCCUUCCUCCAAGGAUUCGAUGAUUCCCUCCGUCAAGUCAAGAAGGCUUAUCCAGAGCUGGACUUGACAAUGGUCAAACUUGAGGACCAAGCCCAGACUUCUGCCCUCCCCGUCGCCUCCGAAAAUACGGAGGACCUUUUUGGAGACGGUGCUGCUCAGGGAGACGGAGAGUCCGCCCCGUCGAAGGAUGUCCCAGAUGCUGAAGAAAAGAAAGAUUGAUGCAUAUGUACUUUAUUUUGUGAACAAUCCGUCUUUCUUUUUUAUUCAUUUUUUAAGACAAUCCGUCCCUUUUUUUGUAUUGAACAUUUGCCUUUGGGGCUUUUGGCUUAAAAGUUCACAUGCUUUUUAUAA